AUGAGCGAUGGUGAUGGCGACAGGAUGACGCGCAAGCGUCCAAGAGAUCCGCCCUUUGUUGAGGACUACCGCCCGUACACGGGGCGUCAGCUGGCGCGUGUGCUGGAGGGCAGGGCCACGCAUAAGCACCACUGGGACCUAUACUACCGCAACAACACCGUCAAUGGGUAUCGCGACCGUCACUACAUCAUUCGCGAGUUCCACGAGCUCCGCGAAGCGCUCGACGGGCUCAAGCAGGCGGUCGCUGCGCCGCUGCAUGACGUCGUGUGGAUGGAAGCGGGCUGUGGCGUUGGCAAUGCCCUUCUCCCAAUUCUUGAGGACUACGACGACACGGUGGGCUGGCGCAUUGUCGGCUUCGACAUCUCCUCCGUCGCUAUCGCGCUGCUGCAGGAGAAACGGGCGGCCCUUCCCGCCCAGCAGCAGCGGAAACUCUCCGUGCAGGUGCUGGAUCCGGUGGAGGAAGACAUCCCUAUCGCCGGUGCGUCGUCUGUGUGCCGCCGCCCGUUGGCGAAGGAGCCGGUGGACUUCGUCUCGAUGAUCUUUGUGCUAUGCUCUAUACCGGUGGAGCACCACCUGCUGGUGCUGCGCCGCGUGGCGGCAUGCAUGAAGGAGGGCGGCAUCUUUUUUUUCCGUGACUAUUGUGUGACCGACCAUGCGGAGCGGCGCUUCAGCAGUAAUCGUCUGGUGGAGGAGAACACAUUUGCCCGCACCAACGGGACGCUGAGUCACUUCUUCACUGCAACAGAGGUGCGGCGGCUCUUUGAAGCUGCAGAGCUCGACGUCGUGGAGCUAUCGGUGGUCGAGCGCGAGGUGCUCAACAGGAAGGAAGGCGUGAAUCUGCAGCGGCGGUUUCUUCAGGGGCGAUUUCGUAAGGCAAAGAGGCGGGGUGAGGACAAAGACGAUGUGGUCGCAGAUGCCUCCGCCAUGAUUCGAGUAAAUACGUGA